AAUUAUUUAAAAUAUCGAACCAAAAAAAAGUUUGUAGACAGUUGAGAAGAAAAAUGGCGCAGCUGAAAGUGAGCAGAGAAGAAAAGGGGUUCGGGCUGCGGAGUGGGCACAGGAUACCAGCCGUUGGUUUAGGGACUUGGCGUGCAGGUUCUCAAGCUUCUGAUUCUGUCUUCACCGCUAUUCUUCAGGCUGGCUACAGACACAUUGAUACUGCUUGGCAGUAUGGAGUUCAAGAGGAGGUGGGACAUUCUAUCCAGGCUGCCCUGCAAGCAGGAAUUGAAAGGAAGGAUCUAUUUGUCACAUCUAAAAUAUGGUGCACCGAGUUAUCACCGGAUAGAGUCCGUCCAGCGCUGAUGAAUACACUUCAAGAACUGAAACUUGAUUACCUUGACCUGUACUUGAUACAUUGGCCUUUUCGCUUGAAAGAAGGUGCUGACCGACCUCCAAAAGCCGGGGACAUUUUGGAUUUUGACAUGGAAGGGGUGUGGAGAGAAAUGGAGAAUCUUGUAAAAGAUAAACUUGUUAGGGAUAUCGGUAUCUGCAAUUUUACUUUAAGUAAACUCAAUAAGCUACUAAGCUUUGCACAAAUUAUGCCUUCAGUAUGCCAGAUGGAGAUGCACCCAGGCUGGAGAAAUGAUAAGAUCCUUGAGGCAUGCAAGAGGAAUGGGAUUCAUGUGACUGCAUACUCACCAUUGGGUUCACAAGAAGGACGAGAUCUCAUCCAUGAUCCUCUCGUGCAAAUGAUAGCAGGGAAGUUGAACAAGAGUCCAGGGCAGGUUCUUGUGAAGUGGGCUAUUCAGAGAGGAACCAGUGUGAUACCCAAGUCGGGCAAUCCCGAUAGGAUUAAAGAAAACAUAAUGGUUUUUGAUUGGGAAAUCCCAGAACAGGACUUCCAGGCUCUUUGCCACAUAACCGAUCAGAAACGAGUAUUAGAUGGUGAAGAACUCUUUGUGAACAAGGCUGAAGGGCCUUUUCGGAGCGUAGCAGAUGUUUGGGAUCACGAGGACUAGUCUGUUCUCAUGCUGGAAGAACAGGCUGUUUAAUACUGUAGUGUUCUAUCCUAGCUUUUUCAUGAUGCUUUAUAAAAUUAAAGUCUUAGCACUUUUAAAGCUGUCGAUGUGGUCAUUCGCUCUUUGUAUCACUCGUUUGUGUGUAAAAACACUUUGCUGGUUGAAUGAUAAACAG